GUAUUUGCGUGAGAGAUAAGGCAUUUGUGUAUGUAUUUGUACGGUGGGCAGCAGAGUUUCAGAGAGAGCGCGUGAGACGGAAUUACGCGGAAGAUGAGCUUGGUUUUCGCCAUUAAUGGCGAAAGGUUCGAGCUUUAUCUCUCCUCGCUCGACCCUUCAACCACUUUGUUGGAGUUUCUUCGUUAUCAGACUCCAUUCAAGAGCGUCAAGCUCAGCUGCGGAGAAGGAGGAUGUGGAGCUUGUGUUGUACUUAUGUCCAAAUACGAUCCUGUCCUUAACCGUGUGGAAGAUUUCACCAUCAGUUCAUGCCUCACCCUUCUCUGCAGCAUCGAUCGUUGCUCCAUAACCACGUCUGAAGGGCUCGGAAACAGCAGAGACGGAUUCCACCCGAUUCACCAGAGAUUCGCCGGAUUCCAUGCUUCUCAAUGUGGAUUCUGCACUCCGGGAAUGUGUGUUUCCCUCUUCUCCGCACUUUUAGAUGCCGAAAAGACAUCGUCUUGCCCAGAAACCUCACCAGGAGUUUCCAAGAUGACGGUUCUCGAGGCGGAAAAGGCUGUCUCGGGUAACCUUUGCAGGUGCACCGGUUACCGUCCCAUUGUCGAUGCCUGCAAGAGUUUUGCUUCGGAUGUGGAUAUUGAGGAUUUAGGAUUCAACUCGUUUUGGAGAAAGGGAAAUGUGAACAAAGAAGAAAUGCUCAGAAGAUUGCCUCGGUAUGAUCGUAACAACGAUAUCUGCACAUUCCCGAAGUUUCUGAAGGAUGAGAUAAAGUCUGAAAUGGUUUCUGAUCCGAAAAAAUACCGCUGGUGCAGCCCUACCAGUGUUCAGGAGCUUCAAAGCUUAUUGGAAACUUGCAAGGCUACUAAUGGAGUAUCUGUCAAGUUGGUGGCGGGUAAUACGGGCACUGGGUACUAUAAAGCCGAAAAAGAUCAGAAAUACGACAAAUACAUAGAUCUAACUCGUAUUCCCGAGUUGAAAAAGAUACAAAAAACCGAUGCAGGGUUUGAAAUUGGAGCAGCGGCGACAAUAUCUAAGGUUAUCAAAGCUCUAAACGAGAGAAAAGAGUUUCAGAUCUAUCCUUAUAUGGAACAGAUGUUUGGAAAACUUGCUAGCCAUAUGGAAAAGAUCGCUUCGAGAUUCAUCAGGAAUCUCGGUAGCAUCGGGGGAAAUUUAAUGAUGGCGCAAAGGAAACAGUUUCCUUCCGACAUGGCGACGAUACUUCUCGCAGCAGAUGCAACGGUAAACAUAAUGAGUUCUCGGGGACUCGAGAAAAUAACACUGGAAAAGCUCCUCGAGCGAGAUCCAUUAGAGUCUUGCGAUGUGCUUUUGAGCGUCGAAAUCCCGUUUUGGGAUCUGGGAAGGUACGAAUCUUUCCCCGAAGCAGAUUCUGAAUUUCUCUUCGAAACCUACAGAGGUGCACCUCGCCCGCUCGGAAACGGACUUGCAUAUCUGAAUGCUGCUUUCUUGGCUGAGAUAUCUUACAACGAAACGCUGAAAGGUACAACCGUAAGAAACUGUAGAUUGGCUUUCGGAGCUUACGGGACCAAACACGCAAUCAGGUGUAAGGUCGUUGAGAAGUUCUUGUCCGGGAAAGUAAUAUCUGAUGAUGUUCUUUACAAAGCCAUCGAGUUACUUCGUGAUACCGUAGUGCCCAAAGAUGGUACUACGAGCCCUGAUUACCGAUCGAGCUUGGCGGUCGGAUUCCUUUUCGAAUUCUUUCAUCCCUUAACUCAAUCUAGAGCUAAACCUUCAAACGGCUCGUUGAAUGGAUACAAGAAUGGGUUUCACCCGAAUUCGCAGAAAACUCUUCCUAUGCUAUCAUCUACACAACAUGUUAUUGUAAAUGAUGAAUACUAUCCAGUUGGAGAACCUGUUAUUAAAGCUGGAGCUUCUCUUCAGGCAUCUGGCGAGGCUGUUUACGUGGAUGACAUUCCUUCGCCGUUGAACUGCCUGUAUGGAGCAUUCAUCUAUAGCACGAGGCCUAAAGCUCGGAUAAAGGGUAUCCAUUUCGAGGACGAUUCUUCACGGGACGGCGUUCUCGAUGUCAUUUCUUGCAAAGAUAUUCCAGCAGGUGGACAGAACAUUGGAGCAAAGGCUUUCUUUAGUAGUGAAUCCUUAUUUGCAGAUGAAAUCACUCAAUGUGUUGGCCAGAUUGUUGCCCUUGUGGUAGCGAAUACACAGAGAAACGCCGAUAGAGCAGCCAACCUUGCCGUGGUCGAAUACGAAACAGAGGAUCUUGAACCGCCGAUCUUAUCGGUAGAGGACGCUGUGGAGAAAUCCAGUUUCUUUCCGGUCCCUCCUUUCUUAUACCCUCAACCAGUUGGAGAUACAUCAAAAGGAAUGGCUGAAGCUGAACAUCGGAUUCUCAAUUCCGAGGUUAGACUUGGGUCGCAAUACUUCUUUUAUAUGGAGACACAAACAGCUCUUGCUGUCCCUGAUGAAGACAAGUGCAUGGUGAUUUACAGUUCAAUUCAGAAUCCUCAGUUUGCACAUUCCACCAUUGCUGCUUGCCUCGGCGUCCCUGAACAUAACAUUCGCGUGAUAACAAGACGGGUUGGCGGCGGAUUCGGAGGAAAAACUCAAAAAGCAAUUCCCGUUGCAACAGCGUGUGCGGUUGCCGCUAAUACAUUGCAGCGUCCCGUGAGGAUAUACGUUAAUCGGAAGACGGAUAUGAUAAUGACUGGCGGGAGACAUCCGAUGAAGAUAACAUACAGUGUCGGAUUCAAAUCUUCCGGGAAGAUUACUGCAUUGGAACUGGAAAUACUUGUUGAUGCAGGUGCAGGUCCUGAUAUAAGUGCCAUAAUUCCAAGCAACAUAAUAGGAGCUCUAAAGAAGUAUAACUGGGGAACCCUAUCUUUCAAUGUGAAGCUUUGUAGAACAAAUCUUCCGAGUAGAACAACGAUGAGAGCUCCCGGUGAUUUGCAGGGUACUUAUAUUGCGGAAGCCAUUAUCGAACAUGUAGCCUCUACUCUUUCCAUGGAUACUGACAUUGUCAGAGAGAUUAAUCUCCAUACAUAUGAGAGUUUAGCUCUGUUUUACAAAGGUGGUGCAGGGGAACCCCAUGAGUACACCUUACCGUCGAUGUGGGACAGAGUGGCUGUAUCAUCCGAUUUCGAGAAACGGGUAUCGAUGAUCGAAGAGUUCAACGGAACUAACGAGUGGAGAAAACGGGGAAUUUCCCGAGUACCCAUCACUUAUCAAGUUGCACUAUUUUCAACACCGGGAAGAGUAAGCAUUUUAAACGAUGGCUCCAUUGCUGUAGAGGUUGGAGGGAUUGAGCUCGGGCAAGGGUUGUGGACAAAGGUUAAACAGAUGGUGGCUUAUGCUCUCGGUCCGCUCCAAUCUGGUCGAACCGAAGAAAUCUUGGAGAAAAUUCGGGUGAUACAAUCAGAUUCGUUGAGCAUGAUCCAAGGAAACUUUACAGGAGGAAGCACAACAUCCGAGGGAAGCUGUGAAGCAGUUCGACUCUGCUGCAACUCGCUAGUCGAAAGAUUGAAACCUUUAAAAGAAACAUUGAUGCAGAGAUCAAGCGGACCUGUAAACUGGAAUACGUUGAUUACUCAGGCAUAUGCACAAUCCGUGAACUUAUCGGCAAGCAAUCUGUACACUCCUGAUUACACCUCCUCGCGAUACCUGAACUACGGAACAGCAGUAAGCGAGGUGGAAAUCGAUCUUUUGACAGGACAAACUACGGUUCUAAGGACAGAUAUCGUGUAUGACUGCGGAAAAAGCCUCAAUCCCGCUGUUGAUCUAGGACAGAUCGAAGGAUCUUUCAUUCAAGGGCUCGGAUUUUUCAUGCUCGAAGAGUAUACAACAAACUCAGAUGGACUCGUUCUCAAUGACAGUACAUGGACGUACAAGAUCCCGACGACAGAUACCAUUCCGAGGCAGUUCAAUGUCGACAUUCUGAACAGUGGGAACCACGAAAAACGCGUACUCUCUUCCAAAGCUUCGGGGGAACCGCCAUUGCUCCUGGCGGUUUCCGUGCAUUGCGCCACAUUAGCCGCUGCAAAAGAAGCAAGGAAACAACUCCGAGCUUGGAAGUCUCACGACGAUUCUGGUUCGAUGUUCCAGUUGCCGAUUCCUGCUACAAUGCCGGCUGUGAAAGAAAUAUGUGGGCUACAUAUCGUUGAAAGUUACUUGGAAUGGAAAAUUCGAGAAAACUCGAGAUGAAUAACCGAUGCAUACCACAUGUAAAACCGAAAGAUUGUUGUCAACAUAUUACCAGCAGUGAUACAUAUUCACGAUACACUCCAAAGAAAACCACCGUUGUUGUAAAGUUAACAUUCCAAAUUCUACAGGAAAGUAAGCAUUUGCUGAAAACAUGCGGUCAAGUCUUCAA